AUGUCCUAUAAGCGUGUGCUGUUGUACGGCGGUCGUGGGUGUUUGGGAUCUGUUUGCGUCAAACAUUUUAAAAAUAAAGGUUACUGGGUUUGCUCUGUCGAUUUCCAAGAGAAUUCUGAUGCUGAUGAAAAUAUUGUUAUUGAAGUUUCGGAGAGUAGUUCUACCCAAGAAAGAGUGGUGAAGAAUGGUUUAGAUACGUUUCUAAGCGGUCGAAAAGUUGAUGGAAUAUUCUGUGUUGCAGGUGGAUGGGUCGGUGGGAGUGCUGCUAGCCAUGACUUUUUGGAGAACUGUGAUGCAAUGUGGAAAAAGUGUGUUUGGUCCUCGUCUAUUGCUGCCGCGUUGGCGUCAAAGUAUCUUUUAGCCAGUGGCCUACUAGUCCUUACCGGCGCACAUGCUGCUUUACAAGCCACUCCAACUAUGUUGGGUUAUGGCAUGGCUAAGGCUGCAGUACAUCAGCUUACAAAAAGUUUGGCAGGUCAAAACAGUGGGCUUCCGAAUGGUUCUUGUGUGCUUGCUAUCUCGCCAGCAACUUUAGACACUCCAAUGAACAGAAAGUGGAUGCCUAAUGCCAACCAUUCGUCUUGGACUCCUACAGAAAAAGUCGCAGAAUUAUUUGCUACAUGGUUGGAAGAAGCUAACAGUCGUCCUAAAUCUGGAAGUAUCAUUCAGUUAAUCACACAAAAUGGUAUAACAGAAUGCGUCCCAGUUUAA